AUGUUUUCACAAAAUGUGAGACAAAUUUUGCACAAAACUUGCGAACCGAUGGCAAAGAAACCUAAAUUGGUUAACAGUAGAGACACUUCCAGCGCUCAAGACGUCAAUCCCUUGCAGAGAGGGAAGUAUGGACUCAGACUAUUGCCCACACAAGUCGACUACUAUCAGUCAGUUUUAGAGGACAGACGCGUUCGGGGAUUUCGCGAGACCUCUCGUCCCGAGAGACUCGUCUCUUCGGAAACUAUCAAAACUGAGCCUAAAGUUGAGACGAAACGUAAGCCCAAAUCGAGUCCAACGGUUGGUAAAUAUGAGUUUGAAAUCGGAGACAUUGUUUGGGGAACACUUGCAAACUAUAAGACUUGGUUUCCGGCUCUUAUCAUAUCUCACUUGCAUUGUAAGCAAAAAGCGGCCAAAAAGGGUCAGACGUGGGUGUAUUGGUUCGGUGACCAUCAGGUCUCAGAGAUACAC